UUCAACUCCAGAAUGAAUUUAGUAAUUAUAUUAGUGUUGAUGUUAACCAUUUUGGUUUUAUACGGAGAAAUACGAAAAUGGAUUAUCAAAAGGAAGCUGGGAAGUUUUGAAUCACCGAAGCAAAUACCGAUUCUUGGUGUCGCUGGCCGUUUUAUCGGAAAAUCAAACGAUCAAAUCAUCGAUAUAGUACUUAAAAUCAUUAAAGAAGCUAAAUCGACACCAGUGCAUGCGUGGUUUGGGCCCAUUUUAGCCAUUGGAAUUUGUGAGCCGGAAGAUGUUCAAAUCAUAUUAUCAAGUGAUGGAUGCUUAAACAGGCCAUACUUUUACGACCAUUUUCACUACAAACUGUCCAUUAUUGCGACGGACAAAGAGAUUUGGAAACCGCAUCGUUGUGCAUUAAACUCAGCAUUCAAUAUGAAAGCGUUACAAAGUUACAUACCGCAUUUGAACGAUAAAUCGCGAAUUUUGCUCAAGCAAAUGGAACCAUUUCUGGAAGAACGCGGUGAUUUGUAUCGAACGAUUUUUAUUUGUAUGAUGGAUAUGAUUGCAAGAACAACAAUGGGCUCUGAGUUAAAUUUACAAAUAAAAGAACGAGGCGAAUCCUUGUAUAGAACCGUCAAAAUAAUCAUGAAUAGCGUGCAAUACCGCGUUGUUCGAUUUUGGCUAAGAUCGGAUUUCAUUUAUAAUUGGUCGAAAGUGGGUCGUGAUGAAAAACUUCCACUUCAAACUGGCAAUAGCCUCAUCGAAGAAAUGUAUAACAACAAAGUAGAUGAAUUAAACUUGCUGAAAUCGCAGGGAAUCGAUUUUUUAGAACAAGUUAAAUCCGAAAAUUCGGCAAAUUUCCUUGAAAAAUGUCUCAUUUUAGAACGAGAUGGUGUAUUCAACCAUGAAACGGUUUUGGACCAGUUAAGCGCAAUAGCUCUUGGUGGUUUCGAUACGUCAACGAGCACUGCAUUUAGUACCUUAUUAAUGUUGGCUAUGAAUCAGAAGCAUCAGGGCACGGUGUUAGAGGAGCUACGAUCGGUUUUUGAAACGGCCGACUGUGAUGUGACUCAAACUCAUUUGGCUGGUAUGCCAUACAUGGAACGUGUCAUUCGGGAAACGAUGAGAUUACUUCCUCCAACGCCACUCAUUGCACGACAAUCGUCUGCCGACAUCAAACUACCCAGAGGAACCGUUCCGAAAGAUGCAUUUGUUGUCAUUAAUAUCAUGCAAUUGCAUCGGAAUCCUAGAAUUUGGGGAGAAAAUGUCACUGAAUUUGAUCCAGAUCGAUUUUUACCAGAAAAUAUCGCCAAACGACCACCGUUCAGCUACAUCCCAUUUUCAGGCGGUGUGCGAAAUUGCAUCGCAACCAAAUACGCCAUGAUUUCAGCCAAAAUUACUCUGGCCCAUCUGUUGCGACGAUUCAAAUUCACUACUGACCUCAAAUUUGAAGAUAUUCGCGUGAAAACUCAUCUCAUUCUUGAAGUGACAAACGUAAAUCCGCUUCAAAUCGAAGAACGAAACUUUUAAAAGAAAUUAACCAACAUAUUAAGUUUAUGUAAAUUGAAAUGAACAAAAAUAAAAUUACACUUCAAAAGAACACCAAAAGUCGCAUUGUACUACGCAUUGUAAGGGAGAAUUCACUCAUUUGCGUCCUCCUUUGCAUAUUUAG